CCUCAUGAAUAUGGUCUCCUUAUGGCGCUAUCCACCUCAGCCUGAGCUUAUAGAGACAAACACUGGCCUUCCAUCACCCAAAUACUUCCAACUCCAUCCCUUUUUCAUUUGGAAACCUGAGCACAGUAUAAUGGAAAGGCUUAGGAACAAUUACAUCCUGCCUUGUCUUUACAGAUGUCAAAAUCCAAAUGUUGUGUCCUCUGGUGUGGGAAGACCCAGAGUGAUCCUUGGUAUUACUGGGCAAUUUUACAUCCUUGCUUCACGUCUGUGUUGUAAGGCAUGCAAAAGAUACUGGUUUGCUGAUAAACCUCAGUGGCUGGACAUUCUACCACAGCGAUUCAGAAACAUCUUGCCAGCCUUCCUCACCCAUAAGAAGGCAAUCUGUAAAACAGUGAUGGAUGAACUGAGGCGCUCUGGAAAAUCCCCUAAUGACAUGGCCAACCAGCUGUCUGAGGUGCUUCACCUUAAAUUUGAAAGAGCACAUCUGGCUUACCUUCUCAGUGUGCAGAAUGUCAGGGAUGCUGAAGCAGGGCUGUAUGGUCAGAAAACCAUCACUGGGGCACUGAGGAAGGAUGACACACCUGCACCGUUUGGGGAUUACGGAGACACUGAUGGGUGGAAUGGGGUGUAUGUCUCUGCACACUAUUUAAUAGAGUGCCUCCUUCAUGAAUAUCAGCGUCAGGAAGCAGCUCUCACUCAGCUCCUACAAGGCACUUUUGGACAGGUGUUCAGGUCAGAUCACACACGCAAAGUUGCUAGAAAAGUGACCCUCUUAUCUGGCACGAUGUCAUCCUAUGCUGUGAUGAACGAAAACUGGAUGAUUCUGUUCUGGGUGAUGCUGCAGAGUGAAAGUGAGCAGUCAUUGGAGUCAAUGUACUGUGGGCUAUCCAAUCGCUACAGUGUUGCUGGUAUUCCCAAGGCCAAGUACCAGUGGGUGGACAGGGACUGCUGUGCCGCUUUCAGAGUGAUGGACCCAGGACCUUAUGAGCACCAGCAGUGGGAAGCCUGGAGGACCACAGAAGCUACUGUGGCAGAGGUUACAUCAGGAAACCUCAAGAAUUUACAUGCCGCUUGCAGGAAGUUCAACGAGGACAUGGUUGUUAAACUGGACUUGUUUCACUGUAUGCGGCGGUUCACCAGGGAGUGUGUUUCGGAGCACCAUCCUCUGUAUGGCUCUUUCUGCCAGUUCCUCUCUUCUGCCUUCUCUGUAGUUGAUCAGGGUGACCUGGAGAAACUGAAGAACGCAUACAGAUUUUGUGGUAUCGAGCCUUCUAAUCCCACCAAGCUGCACAUCAGAGAGCAUUGUAGGACAAAAGUGCCACAUCCCAGAGAGCUGGUUCAAUGGGUGGAAGAAGUGUUACACCAUUUCUAUCUGGCAAAGGAUCCCAACAACAUCUUCCUUUUCAAACCCUCAAUGUUAAAAUUAUGGUGGAUUCAGCGUAUCCACAUCCUUAGAGGCUGCCUGAGUGAUCCUGAGGUGGAGGAAGGAAUCCUCUACAGAUAUGGUGGAACCCUACAGCUGAAUCAUGUCAAGGGUGAUGGAGCUGCUGUGCCCAUUUGGAUCCCUGUGAGAGGCACUUCACAGCAGGAGGGGUUUCAUUUCCACCAGGCUCAGUGGGUAACGGGCAAUCGUGUCUCUCCUGAGUUGUUCCAGGCACAGGGUAUGACUGGUGUGGCACGCUGGAAUUAUCAGCGGCUGGUGGACCUGAAGCAGCCUGGGGUUGUCUUACCUGGAGUGUUUGACCCUGUUUUGAUGAGAGUUAAACAGGGCAUCUAUAAGUGUGACAGGGCAACCCAAAUAUCCAGCCUUGCACAUCUCCAGCAGGGACACAGGAGAGAGGUUUGGCCUGCAAUAUGUGGAGCCAGGUUGUCGACCUGUGCCUCUUGACUUUGACAAGCACAAAAGCAGGAAGACAGACCUAGGAGAUGUGGAGAUGCAAGAGGAGUCUUCAUCUGGCAUUCCGUUCUCAUUCCCAUCUCAGGAAUGCUUAAAGGAUACCUCUUCUGCUGAGACCCCUCUUGCUGCAGAACCAGAGGCUACCUCACAGGCUGUCAUUUUUCACCAGUUUCCUACACCAAGUGCUGUGACAGUGAAGGAACAAACAUCAGAGGAGUGUCUUUUAGUUGGAGAACUCCCAAGCACAUCACCACUGCCUGUAGCUGCUUCUCCCUGUGCUGCUCGCACUGGACCUAUUAAGACCGGUGGGCGAGUUUUUGUGUUAAACCAUAAUAGAUGGACGGAUCCAAUGAGAAAUAUCAUUGAUGGUUGCAGUUAUGGCAGCGUCUUCACUCAGCCAGUGAAACAAUCAGUGUCCCAGUGACAGUACUGGCACCUGCCCCAGUCAAUCCACCUGCAAAGGCUGUUCCUGAGGCUGUCCCUCUGGACCAGACAGCAUUCGAGAAGAUGGUGAAGGACAUCAUAGAGAAGCAGCAGGCAGUUCAGCAGCAACAACAAUUGCAGGUGCUGCAAAAAAAGCAAACCAGAUCCUGUUUAGCCUGUGGCCAGCCUAAGUCUCGAUACAUGGGUGAUGGCUCCUCAAUACAUUUCUUCUAUCAAGAUUUUGCAGAGACUCCUUUUUUUCAGCGGGAACUGGAGGCCUCUAAGCAGAGAGGGACAGAAAGGAAGAGGGUCACUGAUGAGAGAAGCAAGCGGAAGUCAGCAGUGGAGCAUCCUACUGGUCGUCUGUGCAGAUUCUGCCACCUGCCACUGAAACAAGGACCCAACAGUCCUCAUAUUCACACUAGUUUACCUGGAGUGGCAGGCAAAUACAUUUACUGUCCUGCUAAAGUGUUUUCUCUUUAUCAGGCUCAGGGAAUGAGAGCAGAAAUGCCAUGGAGAGACUUUCAGCAGUCUCCAUUCUAUGAGACUGAGAAGCAGAGGUGGAUAAACGAAAAAAAAAAA